AGCGAGCUGUCAAAAAGAUUUUUGUUUGUCAUCAUUUUCGUCCAAAAUCUCACCGCGUACCGAUCGAGAGGUGUUUAGUUUGUUUUCCCCAGCUUAAUUCAGUGAAAAGUAUAGCAAAAAUGGCUCUAGCAGAACUGUGCGGACUGUCCCAGGGUGGCCUCUUUCACGAUGCUUCCAUGGGCAACGAUAUGUUCCACCGGGACAUCGCACUGAACACGCAAAAUCUACAGAACAACAUGUCGCUGGCUGUUCCACCGUUCCAAGAUCCCGCCUUAAAUCUGGCGAAACUGCAGGCUGCAGGCGAAUCGAGCGGCAUCAAGAUGGACUUCGACCACGGUACCACCACACUGGGCUUCCGGUUCCAGGGUGGUGUCAUUCUCGCCGUCGACUCCCGUGCUACCGGUGGCCAGUUCAUUGGUUCGCAGACGAUGAAGAAGAUUGUAGAGAUUAACGACUAUUUGCUCGGCACGCUGGCUGGCGGUGCGGCCGAUUGCGUGUACUGGGACCGCGUGCUCGCCAAGGAGUGUCGCAUCUACGAGCUGCGCAACAAGGAGCGAAUUUCGGUAGCCGCCGCAAGCAAAAUUAUGUCCAACAUUGUCUACUACUACAAGGGUAUGGGAUUGAGCAUGGGCAUGAUGCUGGCUGGAUACGACAAGCGGGGACCACAGCUGUACUACAUCGACUCGGAAGGCACCCGCACUCCUGGCAAAGUGUUUUCCGUCGGUAGCGGUUCGAUUUACGCUUACGGUGUGCUCGAUUCAGGCUACCACUGGGAUCUGACCGAUGAGGAGGCGCAAGACUUGGGAAGACGUGCGAUCUACCACGCCACACACCGUGAUGCGUACUCUGGCGGUAUUGUGCGCGUGUACCACAUCAAGCCUUCUGGAUGGGUCAACAUCUCCAACCAGGACUGUAUGGAUCUGCACUUCCAGUUCAAGGAGGAGAAGAAUAAGAAAUUUGGAGAAACAGCUUAGGAAGGCGUUAUACAGAGUUAAAUGAUGGGCGUAUAAGUGGCCGAUAAGGGCGAAUAAAUUGGAUUGCUAUCAAUGCAUUUCUUGUAAA